AUGACCCUCAAUGUCCUUUUCAUCGAUUCAUACGACUCCUUCACAUACAACCUAGUCAGUUUGAUUAAAAAAACAAGGCCGGACAUUCAUGUUACGGUCAUUCACAAUGACACUUUUGGCGAUAUACAGGACUUGCUUUCAUACUUUUGUGCAUUUGACUGCAUUGUUGUAGGCCCUGGUCCAGGCAAUCCAGUCAAUGGGCCAAAGGAUAUUGGGAUUCUUGACCAAUUAUACAAGCAUGACGUCCCUAUUCCAAUUUUAGGCAUAUGUUUAGGGUACCAAGCUAUGUGUCGUGCGGCUAGAGCAGAGGUAAAAGAACUGGAGGUUAUUAGACACGGCCAAGUAUUCGAAAUUGAAAUAGACAAACCUAACCAUGAAUUGUUUCAAGACUAUCCUGUGUCAUUCAAGUCUGUACGCUAUCAUUCUUUACAUGUUAUAUCGCACCAGCAAGAGAUCAUCCCCUUAUGCCACACCAUCGACGGGGAUCACACUGUCCUGAUGGGUGCGCAAAUUGCAGGGAAACCAUGGUAUGGUGUACAGUACCAUCCUGAAUCAUGUUGCUCUGAGCUUGGGGGUCUCUUGAUCAAAAAUUUUAUCACUAUCUGUGAAUCUUACAAUCAAAGCUCCAAACGACUUCAAUCACCUUUCAGCCUAAUAACUGAUUCAAGCAUAAAAUCGAAAUUAGUAUCUUACCUUGAUUGCAAAAUAGACAAGCAUAAUAUCUAUGAUAAACCGAAACCUGCAGAGGUCGAAAUUCAAAUCGAGGAAUUUCGCGUAACGAAAUCCCCAUCACUUACUUUGGGCAUUUGCAAUAAGCUAUCCCAGCAUUUCUUUCUCAUGUCGUCAGCGAGCAUUCAUGCAAAUCGGGGAGAAUUAUCUAUUAUCGCCCUUCCAAACGAACACUCUACGGUCUUCACACAUUAUGACCAAAUCCAUACUACUACUAUUCACCAAUGGAGAAACCCAACUUUAACCCGCACAAAAUUCAAAGCGGCUUUAGAAGCAGGCAAGUCUAUUGAUGGGCUUGAGGUAGUGCGUCAAAAGAAGCCUGACUUUUACACCACAAUUGGCAAUUUCAUGAAGGACAAAAUAAUUGCUAAUAACCCGGAGCUACCAUUCAUUGGCGGUUUAGUCGGUACACUUGGAUAUGAGAUGGGCCAGUAUACCACAAGUUCCGAAUUAGAUCCCUUGAAACCAGAUGCGAAACUGGUUUUCAUUGAAAACUGCAUAGUUGUAGAUCACAAGAAGGAAGUCUUAUAUUUGAUAUCGUUAGCGAAAAACUUCCCCGAUGAUGUUAAAUCACUAGUUACUGAUGUCAUAAGCAAAGAGGAACAAUCCUUUGUUAGGAGUGUUAACUUGCCAGAAGGUAUUCAUUUUGACAUCGAAUUUCCCACAAAAGAUAAAUACUUUUCUGCCUUUCGAGAAUCCCAGAAAUACCUUCACCAAGGUGAUUCAUACGAAGUUUGCUUAACAACACAAACUGAGGUGUCACCGAGCAAACGGCUUGAACCCUGGGUGAUAUUUCAGACACUGAUCACACGUAAUCCAGCACCGUUUUCAAGCUACUUUGAAUUCAGUGAUAUCGAAGAAGGCCACAGCGAUUUAUGUUUAUUGUCAACGUCUCCUGAGCGGUUUUUAAAAUGGAGCGAUGAUACCUGUGAACUAAGGCCGAUUAAAGGAACCGUGAAGAAGAGUCCUAACAUGGAUUUGCAAAAAGCUACCAACAUCCUCAAAACACCAAAAGAAUUUGGGGAGAACCUGAUGAUCCUGGACCUUAUUCGGAACGAUUUGUACGAAUUGCUUGACAACGUCACAGUCGAUGAAUUGAUGUCUGUUGAAGAGUAUGAAACUGUAUACCAGCUUGUAAGUGUGGUGAAAGGCCAUCAACUACGAGAGAGCGUUUACUCAGGGCUUGACUUACUCUACCACUCUCUUCCUCCAGGGUCUAUGACUGGUGCACCUAAGAAAACAACUGUGGAGUUGUUGCAGCACGUCAUCGAGCGCAGUCUUAACGGGCAUAUAUACAAAUCAGGCGGCCGUGGUCUUUAUUCCGGGGUGACGGGCUAUCUGAGCUGUAACGACCAUGGCGAUUGGUCCGUUAACAUCCGAUGCAUGUACUCCUACGACAACGCAAACACUUGGCGCCUUGGAGCCGGCGGAGCAGUAACUGUCUUAAGUACACCAGAUGGCGAGUGGGAAGAGAUGCAGACAAAGCUAGAAAGUGCGCUACAAGUAUUUAUGUAA